GAGCAGCAGAGAGCUCAGCACAGGGAGGGGCGGCCGUGCCCUCUCCAGCUCUCUGGGUCCUGGCCCCAGGCCUGAACCUGCAGAGCUGCCGCCCUGUCCCCUCCAGGGUGAUGGCGCCUCAGGCCAAACCUGUCUCAGUGUCCUUCUGGCUCAUGUGUCUCUGCUCUGUUGCCUGUGCUGGGGUUCACCGCCUCUCCUAUCUCCAGCUCAUCUCCCCACAGGCGGCCCCUGGGCUGCCCAGGCGGCUGAGUGUGGAGAGGAUGAAUGACCUGGUGCUCUCAGCCUAUGACAGCAACACCGGCAAGCUGGCUCCUCGCCAUGGCUACACCCCAGGGGACAAGAACAGCCACCAGUUCUGGAGCGUGCGCAGUGCUCGGUGCCCAGUCUGGGACUCCUGGGUGGAGACUGAGUACCAGGCCCUGGUGCGUGAAAUGAACACCAGCUCCCCCAAAACAGAGCCCUACUACAUGCAAGUCCUGAAGACCUGUGAACUGGACGAUGCCACCGGUGCUGCCCAAGCCAUCACCAGAUAUUCCCUCAAUGGGGAGGACGUGCUGCGGUACCAGUCCGACCAGAACCGCUGGUUCUCGGUGCACCCAGCAGCCUGGCGAGUGGCGGAGCGCUGGAACCGUGAAGGGGAGACUUUUGGAGUGAUGAAACUGUUCACACCCCAGCGAUGCAAGUUCUGGAUUGAAAGCUCUGCGCCAUUCACUGCUCAGAAGACAGCCCAACCCACAGCGCGUGUGGCCCUUGUCCCAGGGACUCAGGACCGGCUGCGCCGCCUCAUCUGCCACGUGACAGGGUUCUAUCCCCGCGACAUCGAGGUGAUCUGGGAGCGGGGGGGCCAGGUGGCCCAGGGGGAGCAGCUGACCAGCGGGAUCCAGCCAAAUGGAGACCCCACCUUCCAGAUCCAGGUGUCCAUCGAGCUGGGGCAGGAGGGGGUCAGCCCCACUGAGCAUGUGUGUGUGGUGAGACAUAUCACCCUGGGGGGUGACCCCCUGAGGGUGACCUGGGAUUCCCAGACCAUGGGCCAAGCUCGUGUCUCAUUGAUUGUUACUGGCUGCAUCCUCACUGUGCUGGGCAUCGGGGCCCUGGGCUGGUACCUGAGAAGGAGGCAAGGGGCCCGUAAGGGGCCAUAUCACCCGGCGCAGACACAGCCAUGGACCACUGACUCUGCUCAAGCCACGGCUAAGCCAGCAGGAGGCACCUUUUCCAUGACAUUUUCUCUCCUGGAUGCCACCAAGUGA